AAAAUCAUUCGCAAAGAGCUAGUACACGGUCUUUGACAAUCUCCCGUUGCCAGAAUGUUCUUGCAGGAGCUGAUCAUCGCAGUUUUUUUCUGCUGUCUUCUCUCUACUCGAAGUGAGGCCGCCUUGCACGUGUCCAAUUACUAUGGCGACCACAUGGUCCUGCAGCGGGGUCCCCAGCGAGCUGUCCUCACUGGAACAGCGACUAAAGAGGGCGACACCGUCACUGCCCAGAUCGUGGGUCAUGGGUCACCGGUCACAGGUCAGGUUCACAGCGGCAAGUGGAAGGUGAAGCUGCCCGCUGUGACAGAACCCGGACCUUUCGUCAUCAGGGUCAGCUCCAGCGAGGGACAGGUCACUCUCAACGACGUGCUCUUCGGGGACGUGUGGCUGUGCUCUGGGCAGAGCAACAUGGAGUUUGCAAUGAGUCAGGUGAUGAACUCCAGCGAGGAAAUUCAGAAAGCCACUCAGUUCAACGUCGAUUCGCUUCUUCAAAGCUCAGUACCAGAAAUCAAACACACCUCUGGACACUCUGCUGGUCGCCCUGCCAUGGAGUCUCCCCACCACCCAGUCUCUACAGUCGUUCUCCGCCGUGUGCUGGCUGUUCGCGGAGUACCUGCAGCCUCACCUGAAGUAUCCCAUCGGCCUUGUUGAAGCAUCAUGGGGAGGCACCACCAUCGAGGCCUGGUCUCCCCCUGAAGCUGUCAACGCCUGUCCCGCUGUACACCAUUCACAACCGGAACCGUCCUGCUGCCCACAGACACCACUUGUCAUCUGGAAUGGCAUGAUUCGCCCUUUGCUCGGUUUAACCAUUUUUGGCGCCCUCUGGUAUCAAGGCGAAGCUAACUGGGAACAGACAGACAUCUACGCGUGUCAGAUGAAGCAGUUGAUCGGCCAGUGGAGGUCACAGUUCAACCAACAGUCCCUGGGAGAGACGUCACAAAACUUUCCCUUCGGUUAUGUUCAGCUGGCUCCCUACCAAAACACCGCAGACAUGGGGGCGUUCCCUGCAAUACGCUGGGCACAGACCGGAGGAUAUGGCUACGCCCCCAACCCAGACCAGCCUCAUGCCUUCAUGGCCACGGCAAUGGAUUUGCCUGAUUACACCUCCCCUUACGAUCCCAUCCAUCCUCGCUACAAGCAAGAUGUCGCCCAGCGCCUGCUGCUAGGAGCACUCAACGUGGCCUACGGUCACAGUGACGUCACGUUCCAGGGACCGUUCCCCACACAGUUCCACGUGACCGGUUCUGGCGCCCAGAGGACGAUAACCAUCGAGUACGACAAUGGGCGAACAUCGCUGGACAUCAGAAACACGAAGGGAUUUGAGGUCUGCUGCGGUGGAGCGAAUGCCCACAGCUGUACCGAGCAGGGAACAUGGUGGGUCGAUGCACCAAUCACAAGCCACCAAGGCUCCCACGUGACCAUUGCCGCUUCCGGCUGCAACUCCAACAAGGUGCUGGGUCUGCGCUACGCCUGGCGGACGAGUCCCUGUAACCUCAAACAGUGCGCCGUCUACUCCGCCGACACCAGCCUACCCGCUCCUAUCUACAUCACCAACACGCUACCCGCCUAAAAGACGGAGGAUUAAAAGAUCUUAUAGUGCUUUCCUUGUCACCAAAAUAGCGAAAGCCAUUCCUGUUCCACUGUCAUAAAUACGUUUUGAUUUUGUUCAACAAGAAAUAUCCCGAUGUAACUGUAAUCACAAGUUACAAUUCACAGGACAUGAUAAAUAUUUACAACUUAUUUGUUCCCUCUGUCUCAUAUUGUUGUCAUUGACAAAAUUAUACUGAUGAAUGUAAUGAUGCCAAACUGAAAGAAACUAAAAAAUAUAUUUUUAAAAAGUUUAGGUAUUUUUUGAUCACACAGAAAUUAGAAAGAAGGAGUCUAGCUACCUGCUGUUGGAUGCUACCUAAAUAUUUCUUCUGCAAACAGCAUUUUAGAACUCCAGCAGAUGACCUCUCUGGUCUUACAGUUAAAGAAAGAGACGUUCAAGUAAAAACCCUCCAUCAUCCACUAUUCUGGCUGGAAAGUGUGAUAUUUCUAUCAAUUGUGCAAGCACGAAAAGAGUUCCGACAUAAGCGUUCAUUCUCAUUCAGCAAACUUUUGUAAAAUUCUGGAUGAUUCAAAUAAUCGGCGUCCCUUCUAUACCUUCUUUAAACAUUUAAAAUGUCUUAGUCAUGGUUCCAGUUUCUAGUUUUUGACUUGUAGAGGGUCUUCAGCUAAAAGAUAGCGAGUCUCACCCAACUUUACCUGACACGUGCAGCCCUAAAAGUGUCCUUGCUGAUAAACCUCCUCCGAAAGUUUUUACUGAAGACGUGAGCAAGAUAAGUCAUGUAGAGAUUAAUAAAACAACAAUGCAUCCCUGUC